GGCCGAGGGUGGCGCGUGGGGGCCGCCGCCCGCCCUCCGCGUCGCGUCAUGUCCCUGUACCGCACGGAGGAGCGCGGCCGUCCCCACUCGGAGGACUACCGCCUGUUCUUCACCGUUUCAGGUCUUAAUGCUGACGUCUUUGUCCCAUUUUGUGUAUGAUGAUAACGAAGGAUCGAGUUUCAUCUUUCAAGAAUGUAGCUGGUCACUACAUUUCCCCUUUCCAUGAUAUUCCUCUGAAGGCGGAUUCUACAAAGGAAAAUGGCAUUCCCAGAAAGAAAGCACGAAAUGAUGAAUUUAAGAAUUUGUUUAAUAUGGUUGUGGAAAUACCUCGGUGGACAAAUGCCAAGAUGGAGAUUGCUACUGAGGAGCCACUGAACCCCAUUAAGCAAGAUGCAAAGAAUGGAAAGCCACGCUAUAUACCAAAUAUCUUCCCUCACAAGGGCUAUAUAUGGAAUUACGGGGCCCUCCCUCAGACCUGGGAAGACCCUUUUCAGAAAGAUAAGGACACUAACUGCUGUGGAGACAACGACCCCAUUGACGUUUGUGAAAUAGGCUCAAAGGUUCUUUCCUGUGGAGAUGUGAUCCAUGUGAAGAUCCUUGGGAUUCUGGCACUUAUCGAUCAGGAUGCCACAGACUGGAAAAUAAUUGCUAUCAAUGUGAAUGAUCCUGAGGCUGAAAAAUUUCAUGAUAUUGAUGAUGUUAAGAAGUUCAAACCAGGUUACCUGGAAGCCACUGUUAAUUGGUUGAGAAUGUAUAAGUUACCAGACGGAAAACCAGAAAACAAGUUUGCUUUUAAUGGAGAAUUCAAAAACAAGGCUUUUGCUCUUGAAGUUGUUAACCAUGCACAUGAAUGUUGGAAAACAAUGAUCAUGAAGAAAUGUGACCACGGAGCUAUCAAUUGCACGAAUGUGCAAGUGUGUGAUAGCCCUUUCCACUGCACUCCAGAGGAUGCAAGAUCACUGGUUGAAUCGGUCGCAACGCCUUCAAUGAAUAAAGAAAACAAUAUAGAAGCAGAAGACAGGUGGCACUUCCUCAACUGACGGGGGCACUGGAGGUUCUCCAUCAAGACUUCAACCUAUGAGGACCCCUAAGGUUCCUUUUCCCUUAGUGCUCUUGAGAAGCAAGCUGAUGCCAAUUUGAUGACUUCCUGUUAAAACAUCAUUGUUCCAAAACUUUUUAAAUAAAUUUGUAAAA